UGUAUAGGAAUUAUCAGAAAAAUCUGGCAACAGUUUUUAAUGAUGAAAUAGAUUGGAUGAUUUUUGCUCUCUUCCAUUGUAGCAUUCUUUACCAGUGCGUGAGGACCUUUGUUUCUGGAUAGGCAGCCUUCAGGAAAUAUGAACGUUUUGACAUGGAUUUUCGGAAUCGUUAGUGUCCUAAUCCCUGCCACUUGUACAAUAGUGCUGGCUGCCCAUGAUGGCGAAAUACAGACACUAUCUUCGAAAGUUCAUAACUUCAAGAUGGACCUCCAUCGCACUCUGGAAGGACUGAGGGUACGCAAGAAAAGGCAAAUUGAAGCCUCGCACGAUGCCUCGUAUACAUAUCAGAUGCGCGUUGGAAGUGCAACUACCGAAGAACUCCCCUACCUCUCUGACUACAAACUCACGUUCUGGAUUCCAGUUGAACAUCAAGGACAAAGGCAAGUGCUGAUCGGAACUGAGGAAGGCAAUCUGAUCUUGUUCCAGCUAUCUGCUGAAGACGAUAGGCACGGACAGAUAAUUGCCAGUUCCUACGAAGAGGAAGUCGCCAUCAAAGCGAAGGCUUUCAGUUAUUACGACGAACAAUGGUUCAUCAUCCUUCAAUCAGCAAGAAACCAAACCUGGAUUCGACUCUACUUGAGAAAAGGUCGUGGUUUUGAAAAUCUGCAGACAAUUACUUUGUAUGGUGAAACGGAUUUUGAUCUCGUGACCCUGAAAGGAGUUCAUUACAUGGCUGUAACCACCUAUCAAAGUAACAGGAAUUCUGCAACACUUGCUCUUUAUCAUUGGACUCAAACCCAGUUUGAUGUGAUUGCAACCAGGACAGAUGUGAUUGGACCACGUUCAGUUGCAUGCUGGGUAUUAGAUGGGACUCUAUACAUAGUCCUUGCUCAGAAAUUGGAUGGCACGUCUGACUAUAGUUCACCGGUAUUUUUGUACAAUGCGAAAGACGAAAGGGGAUUAGUUCUGCAGCAAAUGCUUUCAAUAGAAGGGCCAAUCAAAGUGCUUCAUUUUUAUGUCAAUGCUAACCACUAUGUCAUUUUCAUUGGAAGUCAGAAUGCAGCAAUAUACUGGUGGUCCAGCAAUCAGUUCUUGCUGUGGCAGAUAAUACGCAAUACGGGUAAUGCAGUCGAUGCCUCAGUUCUCACGCUUAGCAACGGUGAAGUGGUAAUUGUUAUAGCAUUGCAGGAAGAAGUGCUGUUCAUUACUUUGGAUUCAUCUGGUCACUAUAUUAUAUCAUUCAGUAUGCCGUUUUGGGGGUACUACAUCUCUUCCCUUCAAUUUAUGUAUAGCGGCGAUGCAUAUUACGCUAUGGCUUUAUUCGCAGCUACAUCUUAUUCUCAACCCAUGCAGAUGGUCAGAAAGUUGACUCUUGACCCACAUUUUGUGCCGACUGGUUCCUCAUUGGAUACGCUGAGACAGUGUUUGAGUGAUGUUUACGUCACACUGGAAGAACGUCAAAGCGAGAUGAAUAACAUCAACGUGGAUCUUGGCAGAGUUUGGCUUAGAAAUAAGGAACAAAAAAUAAAUUCGCUGGUGUUCGUUGAUGGUAAAAUAUCAUCAACCCGAAAAUGUGUUGUAGAGAAUAUAAAGGUGGUUCGACUGAAAAAGAUGUUACCUGACUCUUCUCUGACUGAAAUUGAUCAAAGCGUCUCUAGCCUUAAAGACAUCGUUCGCGGUCUUCAGCAGAAUGUACUGAAAAGUGUAAGGAAAUCUGUCGAACAAAAAAUAACAGGAACGAAAAACUUUGGAAAUGUUUAUGUUCCUUCUUUGGCCUUAAAAUCCUCUCCCUCGGAUAUUCCCGUAAAUGGUGUCCCUGUAUCCAAAAUCCAAAACUACGCAUUGCGAAAGUACGGCAACCAAAUAUUCCAAAAACCAGUUCAAAUAGCCAAUGCCUAUACUACCGAAGUUCUGACGGAUUAUUUAAAUGAUAUUGAAACAAAUGAUUUCCUGCUCUUGAAAGGUGAACAACAUGUAACAGGAAGUCUGUUAUUUCUAAAUGUCCAAGCAAGCACUGUGACUACGGACACAUUAAAUUCUAUUCCAUUUAGCAACCUGGUGACAACCCUGCAAGACCAGAAUAUUCGAGGCUUGAAAGUAAUAAACUCCAUGGAAUCUGAUGUUAUAAGUGUCCAAGGGCAAAUGAAUGGGGAAGUACUAAGAGACAUUAUUCCGAACAUUGUGAGCAUUGAUGAUGAUAGCGAGCUGAAAGGACACGUGACAUUGGCAGAGAUUUCUGAAAUUAAAGGAGACGUCUUUUUGAUUGGAAAAAUUAACGGAUAUAUCGACCUUGCCCAGCUACUUGAUGGAGCUGUUUUGAAAAAUGAUAGACAGCAAAUAAAAGGAAGAAUGUGUUUCGAAGCUCCAGUCCUAAAUGAUAAUUUGAAGGUUAAAGGUCACAUAAAUAACUUGCACACAAGUCAGCUAAUGACCCUUUCAUCUAACCAAAUAAUUCCAGGAAACUUUGUGUUCGAUUCUACUCUGUUGGUGACCGGAGACUUAGCCACAGAUUCCAUCAAUGACGUGGAUCUGAAAGCAGACGCAGUCCUUAAAUCUUCAGAUCCACAGUUUGUGAUGGGGAUGAAACGUUUCUUCCAAGAUGUGACGGCUGAUUUCAUAGACAUGACAGAGUACACUACCCUGGAUGGCGUGGAUCCAUCUCUGUUGGUGCAAGAUUGGGUGAAACAUAAAGAAGGCAUAGUGGAACAAAAUUUAACCGUUUUGCCUAAUGUUGUGGUCUUAGGAAACUUAUCUGUAAUCGAAGGUAUUAAUGGGCGUGUUGUCUUUGACUUACCAAAAACAGUGUGGUUGAAGAGAACGAAGCAGAAAAUUGAGACUCCAAGUAGCUGGAAGAAAAUCACGGCCACCCACAUGUUUGUAACUAUCGUGAAUACCAUAAAUGUGGAGAGUGAUGUUGUUCACAGCUACGGAGAAGAAAUCAUCGAUUCCUUCAAACAUUUCACCAACAAUGUGCAAUCGAAUGUUGUGGAAGCUAUGGAAGAUGUCUACGUAAACGGCCUGAACACUGCCUCGUUUAAGACAGAGCUAGAACAUUAUGUGGACGAUGGAACUGUACAUGGAACGAAAACAAUCGAAUACGUAGAAAUUAUCGGAGAUUUGGAUCCAACUACUUACAACAAUUUUGAUAUUUUUGAGAACGUAAUGCGGCCUCAAGACUUUCAAGUGAUAGACACACCUGUUGUAUUCCAAUCUGAGCUGAUAGUUAUUAAAGACAACUUAAAUUCCGUUGUGGUGGGAUUUGACAGAUUCAACAGUGACAAUCUUAAAUCCCUUCUGGAAGACGCAGUAUCAAAAUCAGCAAAAAUACAUCCAAUGACGAACAAACGUAUUAUGAGCCUCAAAGCACAAGGUUUGAGUAUUCCUACAGAGACUCUUGUAAAUGGAGUACCAGUUUCUGAUCUUCUCAGCAAAGUGGUGACUCUGAACACGGAACAGCAAAUAAUUGGGGACAAAACAUUCAAGACCAUUUUGGAUUUCAACAAAGUCACUGCUGAAAUUGUUAAUGAAAGACCACUAUCUAGUUUCCUGAACGAAUUGGUGUAUGUGGAUGACAGCAGGCCUGUUUCUUUAAAAGAAUUUGCUGGGUAA